AUGAAGUGGGAUGCAGUUAAGGACGGCAACGAAGGAUGUGGAAAUCAAAAUGAAGUAAAGAAAGCAAAGGAGGCAAUUGAAAGUGUGGAUGUUGGGCCUGUUCGUCUUCACAGCGUUGACUUGAAUCCUGAGGGAAGCAUAGUGGGUGAGUUUAUGCUGAACUUCACGAGGCAAAUCAAGAAAAGAAUACAUAAUUAUGAAUUCAAGGCAGCAUAUAAUGUUGGAAGAACAAGCAAUCCGUAUAUGUCGACGCGUAAUUGUGUUGUGAUGAUGCUUGAGGAGGAGCUUGGAGUGGAGAUUGUUGUUCGUGGAGGCUACAAGCCUUUUGAGUUGAAUGCAGAAGCUGAUGAAUCAGAUGCAUUGAUGUAUGAUGUUUAUGCAGCAACACCUGAGCUUCUGCACAAUGCAAUGAGCAAAAUUGGAGACAGGAUCAAAGCAAUAGAUGGAUAUAUGAAAGGUAAGUAUGGAUCUGCAUGGAGACAGGUGGUGAGGAAUGGGGCGAAGUAUUAUUCAUCAAGAGUGCUGUUGCAGUUGGAGAAUGAAGCUGAUGGCGAAUUGAUCAAGAAUGAAUUGCUUGGGAUUGUGCAUGACUACUCUGUAGAUGCUGUAUUGAGGGGAAGGCACUCUGGAUAUGUUGAGCCUUGCUUGGGAGAAGAGUCUAAUGAGCCAGCAUACAUUCAUCUCGUAUCGAAAAACAAGACGAGUCUGGCAACCGCAAGAAGAUGCUGCGAAGAUGUAAUUGCCAGAUAUAAGCAAGUGGGAUAA